ACUUACUGGAGAAAUAAAACAGUGUAGAUACUUCACUUUGUGUUGUAUAAGGAACACUAGACCCCAGUAUUAAGGAUUAAUUUUAAUAACUCUACGAACUAUGAACCUGAUUGUCAGAUUGCUGCUUUGAUAAAAACAUUUUCAAUUGAAAGCCCUUUGGAAAGAAUUGAGUACUUCUUAAAUCAAGCUCAGGAGAUGCUCUCUUGGAAGUGUUAUAAUUGUGAGCGGUGUGGCAGUGACUUCGCCAGCCCCACGGCUCUAAAGCAGCACUUCAGAGCUCGGCACGCCGGCAAGGAGAUGUGUGACCGGUGUGGGAGUGAAGUUGCGAGAGAGAAGCUGCAGGAACACAAGCAGGUGGCUCACUAUGAAGAGACACAUGGAGCCCAGAAGCCUUUGGUCAGGGCUGCCCCGCUGCGGAGAGAGUCCCGCUUCCUGGCUUCCGAGACCUCAGUCACCUGCAGGAUGUGCCGGAGAGCUUUUGGGACCAGUUUUGGCAGAGAGCAACAUGAGAGGCAAGAUCAUCAUUUCACUGCCAGCAAAAGAGGUAAGGAUGGGAAAGGAGCUCCACACAGACUCCAGUACAGUGAGGGUGUAUUCCAUAGCCUGCUGCUCUGUCACUCCAUUGUCAGCCACCUCUACCAGACAAGAAUGCAUCAGAUUGGUCGCUGUUCUGGCUCUAGAAUGUCCACAGGGUUUUCACCAAACAACAUAGUGGAUAUGAGAAGCUCCCAGCAGCUUAGGCAGUUUGUAGAAACACGGCUCAGACCAGAGUCAGGGCUGAUGAAGACAGCCUGUGCUGGAGAAGUGGAGGCGCUGGUGGAGCUGAUUGAACAGUGCUGCCCGGUGCCUGUCUCCCGCGUGGUCAAGGUGAGGGAGCCACACGUCUGCCUGCAUUGA